GAACCAAAGCGUGAGUGAUGUUCCCGCGAGCUAUGAAAUGCAUGAAAUCCGACAAGCGAACUCUAAUGCUCUUGGAUCGAUGCCAGCAUCUCCUUCUCACCAUCGCCCAAAUCCACCAUCUCCACGCCCGCCUCAUCGUCUCCGGCGCCAUCUCCGACCCUUAUGCCGCCGCCAAGCUCCUUGCCUUCUAUGCCAUCUCCGAAGACGGCGACCUCGCCCAUUCCCGUGCCGUAUUUGGCGCCCUCCGCCGUCCUACCGCCUUCGCCUGGAAUACUAUGAUCCGCGCGCACGCUGAUCGGAAACAACCCCUUGAUGCUCUCUAUCUUUGUAAGCACAUGCUCCGUUCCGGUUUCUCCCCCAAUAACUACACGUUCUCCUUCGUGCUCCGCGCUUGCGUUGAGCUCUCCUCCUUGUUUGACGGCCGGAAGUUUCAUACUCAGAUCUUGAAGCGUGGUUGGGAGUUGUAUGAUUUUGUUCUCAAUGGAUUGAUUCAUAUGUACGCAAGUUGCGGGUGUUUGGAUUCCGCUCGGCGCUUGUUUGAUUUGAGCACCAACAAGGAUGUGAUAUCUUGGACUGCGAUGGUUCACGGUUAUGCGAAAUCUGGGCGAAUUGAUGUUGCAAGGGAGUUGUUUGAUCGAAUGCCUGAGAGAAAUGAGGUUUCUUGGAGUUCCAUGAUUACUGCUUAUUCACAGAUUGGAAUGUUUAAGGAAGCGCUGGAGGUGUUCAAUGAGAUGCAGCUUGCUAGUGUGAAGCCGAAUCAAGCUGGAAUUGUUGGUGCUUUGUCUGCGUGUGGUUUUCUGGGGGCUUUGGAUCAGGGGAAGUGGAUACAUGUAUAUGUGGAGAGGAAUGGGAUGGUGCUGGACAGGAUUUUAGGGACUGCACUGAUAGAUAUGUAUGCCAAGUGUGGUUGCAUUGAGAAUGCAUUGAAAGUGUUUGAUGAGAUGCCGGAGAGAGAUGUUUUUGCCUACACAUCCAUGAUUUCAGGGUUAUCAAAUCAUGGUCACAGUGAGAAGGCGAUUGAAUUGUUUGAUAGCAUGGAAAAUGAAAGUGUUAGGCCGAAUGAGGUGACUUUCAUUUGUGUUCUCAGUGCUUGUGGUCGGAUGGGUCUGGUGGAUCGAGGAAGACAAAUUUUUGAUAGUAUGAAUAGAGUUUAUGGUAUUGAGCCGAGAGUGGAGCAUUAUGGAGGCUUUGUAGACCUUUUGAGCCGGGCGGGAUUGCUAGAGGAAGCGAGGAGGGUUGUCCUUGAGAUGCCUAUGGAACCUGACCCAUAUGUUUUGGGAGCCUUGUUAAAUGCUUGUAGGGUGCAUGGAGAGGUGGAAUUGGGCAAAGAAACUGUGGAAAGUCUAGUGAAACUUGGGAUUGAUCAUAGUGGUGUUCAUGUGCUUCUCUCAAACAUGCAUGCAUCAGCUGAUCAGUGGGAAGAUGUAUUGCAGGUGAGAAAGGGGAUGGAGGAGAAGAAGGUGAUGAAGGUGCCUGGAUGUAGCAUGAUUGAGAUAGAUGGUGUGGCUUGUGAGUUUGUUGCUGGAGAUCGGUCUCACAUGUGUAUGGAGGAGAUCAUGUCUGUAGUGGAAGCAACUGAUGUGCAACUCAAGUCCUCUGACUUUGAUGAUUGUAUGGUUGAAUCAGAAUUGGCCUAUGCCUGAGGUCUUGCAUACUCAAAGACGCACCAUUUUUCAUCUCGCUCUUCAUCUCAGCGUCAAGAGAUUCAAGAAACCUGCAAGUUCUUGAAUGAAUGGUUGCAUUCCUUGCCUUAAAUGAUUCAUACUCCCAUAAGCGAUAGUCUCCAAUCCUUUCAUGGCUGCUUGUCCGUUAAGCACAAGUCUCUCAGAAGGGAGCAGUCCGGAGGGAGAGAAUAUGAUAAUCGUUGCUUCCAAGAGUGGACAGUGGAGCCGUCAAGAUGAAGGAUUGAAGUGUGUGUUUGUUGGAGUGGCCCAUGGUUGAUGAGAGCUCUCUGGACCCUAAUCAUAAGCUGAGGAGUGGCAGAGUGCUGCAGGCCUUGCAGCAGAUCUUUUUAUUUUAUUUUGACUUUCAACUGAAGCAAAAAGAUUCUUGGAACAUCUCAGAAGUACAACAAGCAAUCAGUUACAAACUUUUCCUCCAAAAACCAAAUUGCAGAUAUAUUCAUAGUGUCACUAAGCAAAGAUCUUGCUGUGAAAUACGUACCAGAGAUCAUGAGCUUGAGCUGUUGAGGGGUUGUAUGA